UAUCUGGAUGUUGGUUGGAUGGCAUGUGUGAAUUAAUUCCUUGUUAAUUUAUACUUUCAUAUAUGAUGUGUGUGUCUAUGAGUUUUGUGUGUGUGUGCCUCUUAUUUGGUUUCAGAAAGAAAAGCUUUUGUUUUGUGUUCUCUUAAUGUGGUAGAGAAUGGAGUUGCCAAAGGGAAAUGCUGGAGUAUCAGGUGAUGAACAAGAACCAUCGAGUUCUCGCAGGGGCAAUAAGAAGUAUCAUCGCCAUACUUCUGAACAGAUACAGCGACUUGAAGAAUUAUUCAAGGAGUGCGCCCACCCCGAUGACAACCAGCGUCAACAGCUGAGCAGGGAGUUAGGGCUUGAGCCAAGACAGAUCAAGUUCUGGUUUCAAAAUAAACGAACACAGACAAAGGCUCAAAAUGAGAGAGCAGACAACACUGUUCUUCGCGUAAAUAAUGAAAGAAUUCAAUGUGAAAACUUUGCAUUCCGCGAGGCCCUAAAGAAUGUGAUUUGCCCAACUUGUGGUGGUCCACCGUUUGGUGAAGAAGAGAGGCAGCUUUGUUUACAGAAACUUCAGCUAGAGAAUGCUCAAUUGAGAGAAGAGCAUGAUAAGGUAGCCAGCCUUCUUUCCAAGUAUAUUGGGAAACCAAUAUCACAUAUUGAUUCGUUAGCGUCCGCUGCUGGAUCCUCAUUUGAUUUCUCAUCAGGAAGUUCCAUGAACCAAGGGAUGGGAAGCCCUCCCCUUAGUCUCAAUCCUACCAAUCCUGCAGUUGCUAAUAAUGCUGCAUUAGCUUAUCAAUUAAAAGAAAUCCCUGAAAUGGAAAAGACACACAUGGCAGAUACUGCUGCCAGUGCCAUAGAAGAACUGCUCAAAAGUUUUGAGAUCAAAGAGCCCUUGUGGAUCAAAUCGCCCGGUGACGGGAGAUAUCUCCUCAACCGUGACAGCUAUGAUAAGAUAUUUCCAAGGCCGAACCACUUCAAGAGCUCCAGUGCUCGUGUCGAGUCUUCAAAAGAUUCAGGAGUAGUGUCCAUUAGUGCAGAGCACUUGGUUGACAUUUUUUUAGACUCCAGUAAAUGGGAAGAUCUCUUCCCUACAAUUAUCACAAACGCUAAGACGAUUCAAGUACUUGAAAGUGGAAUGGUGGGAAACCAGAGUGGCCGCCUGCAGCUGAUGUAUGAACAAAUGCACAUUCUCUCACCAUUGGUGCUGUCGCGGGACUUCUACUUUCUUCGCCAUUGUCAGCAGAUUGAAAUAGGCACUUGGGUGAUUGUGGAUGUAUCGUAUGAUUUCCCCAAAGAGACUUCUGCAUGUCAAACUCGAUCAUGGAGACUUCCUUCCGGAUGCAUGAUUAAAGACAUGCAUAACGGAUGUUCGAAAGUGACCUGGAUCGAGCAUGUCGAAGUAGACGACAAGACACAAACCCAUCGGCUCUAUAGAGAUCUUAUCUGUAGCAAUGUUGCGUAUGGCGCUGAAAGAUGGAUUGUUACUCUUCAGAGGAUGUGUGAGAGAUUUGAUUACUCAAUGGACGAGGUUGCACCUAGUUGUGAGUUUGGAGGAGUGAUUACUACGCCCCAAGGGAGGAGGAGCACAAUGAAGCUUUCCCACAGGAUGGUCAAGAACUUCUGUGGAAUGUUGAGCAUGGCAGGUAAACUUGAUUUUCCUCAAUUAUCAGAAGUGCACAACAGCGGGGUUCGAGUCUCUGUUCGUAAAAACACAGAACCAGGACAGCCCAACGGCAUGGUUGUCAGUGUUGCUACUUCUCUUUGGCUUCCUCUGCCGUCUCAGAAUGUUUUCAACUUCUUCAGAGAUGAGGAAACAAGACUUCAGUGGGAUGUUCUCUGUAAUGGAAAUCCAGUGCACGAGGUGACUCGCAUUUCAACUGGAACUCAUCCCGGAAACUGUAUAUCCAUCAUUCGGCCUUUCAUCCCUACAGAGAAUAACAUGGUUAUGCUUCAAGAGAGCUACAUAGACUCUUUGGGGGCCUUGGUUAUAUAUGCUCCAGUUGACAUACCAGCUCUCAAUAUAGCAGUAUGUGGUGAGGAUUCUUCCAAGAUACCCAUACUUCCAUCGGGGUUCGUAAUCUCUGGCGAUGGCCAUCCCGAAACUGGGCCUGCUGCAAGCAAUGGCAGGUCAGGUGGUUCACUUCUUACAGUGGCUUUCCAGAUACUGGUUUCCAGCCCCACAUCUUCAAAGCAGCUCAACAUGGAGUCAGUGGCAACUGUCAAUACUCUUAUCAGUUCCACCGUUCAAAAAAUCAAGGCUGCUCUCAACUGCUCCGGCUUGGAUUAACCUAUUAGUUGGCUACCUGUGGCUGCUAUGCUAAAGAAUAAAACUAGUCCGUAGGAUUAGGCUGAGAAGUUUUUCUUUGUGACAGACAGCAGCAAUGUUAGGCUGUUCUUAGACUCAUUUUAAAAUUUCAUUUUGGAUAAUUGGGUAUUUUUAAGAGGACAUAUUUGUUUUUCAUCCAUGUAAUGACAUG